AUGCAACAACAAGCAAGAUAAUCUAGAUACUUUACCUUGCUGUGAUUUGAAUAUUUGCUUUUAAACGCUUCACUUAAACAAAGAAUUAAAGUAUUAACAGUCGUUUAGAAAAGCGUCAUUAACAAUGAACGAGGAGUUGAUAAAAGCAGACAGGAAUUUAUUUUGUCUAAUCUGUUACAAAAAGUUUGCAUCGAAACCUCCUGAACGUAUUCCUCGCUCCUUAAAUUGUGCUCACUCAUUUUGUACAGGUUGUUUGCUAAAACUCGAGGAGUACCAGGGCGCUGUUAUAGAAUGCACUCGAUGUAAAGUACGUUCUAUUCUACCUGCUAACGGAGUGCUGGGUUUGAAGAAGAACUAUGAUUUAUUAAUGGAAGCUAUGAAGACUAACGAAGAUGAUCGGGAGCUUUGUAAUUUUUGCAUAAGGAAACUCGUUUAUCCUCCAAGGACAGUAACACUCAUCUGCAGUGAUUGCCAAGUAAUGUUCUGUGGCUUGUGUUCAGACGAGAUACAUGAACAGUUAGAGUUUCGAAUGCAUAACAUACGUUUAAUAACCGCAGAUUUGAAUAACAACGAAAUUGUAGCGAGGCAAGAAUUCUCUGGUUUUAUAAGAAAAGGACGACCGACGUUAAAACGAUACAACAGUUCGCUUGACGCGUUACCAGACUGCAAAAUACACGGGGAGAAACUGAAAUUGUACUGCAUUGACUGUAAGACAGUUUGCUGUACGUUCUGUCAAAUGGAAGCAUCACAUGAACGGCACAAAAUAGUACACAUUCAUCAUGCAGAGGAUAUAGAUAAACGCAGUUUAUCUCGAUUGCAAGAAAAGGUUGAUGAGUAUGGAGAAAAGUACAUCAAAUGUCGCAGUGACAUUCAAAAGGCAAUAGAAACAGUGAAAAAGAAUGAUAUAGAAACUGAAGAUUUGAUCAGUAGAUACUUUCGUCAGUUGAGGACGAUUGACGAUGAAGGUGAAAAACGAAAUAAAAUAUCAUUGAGUGUCUCAAUGCAACUGAGUUCUAUGAUAGAAAUAUCUAGUCAAGCAAAGACGGCAAGUAGAAAAUGUGACGAGGCGUUGAGUCUGGACUAUUUUGACAUGACGGAAGUGAAAGAUAGUGUUGAAAAAGAUGUCAAAAGUGUUCUCACCUUGGACUGUCCAAGCGAUCCUUGUAUCUCAAAAAAACUGUCUUGUCAGUUUCCCACACAUGAAACAUUACUGAAUGAACUAAGAACAUGCGCGAAGAUAGUCACUGUAACAGAUCCACCAGAUCAUCUGUUCUGCAAAUCAAUUGAUCCUAACACCAUCUCCAUUGAAUGGACACCACCUCUUGCUUGUCCAUUCAUUUAUCCCGGCAAAGAAUUUCUUUUGCAGAUAAAACCAGGAAAGGAUAGUGAAUAUUAUGACGUGUACAAAGGCAGCGCAACCUCUGUAUUACUUAACAUUCAAGAUGGUUCAGUGAUGAACGAUAAGAGAUGCAACCCUUUCCACACCCAAAAAAGCGACAAGAAAUUGGAAAAUCGAAUUCAGUUUCGCGUGGCUGCCGUUAAUAUCAUUGGACAAAGUGAAUGGAGUUCUUCGUUUGCCCUUCAACUUCCUUGUUAAUAAAAAACUACAACAUGGAAUUA